AUGAAUGAUGACGACGAUAUUGAUGAAGAAUAUGAAGAAUCGUUACUUGUUCAAAUAGAAGAAGAACGUCUUGCUAAGAAGAAUUCAAAGAGAGGUCGUCGUGGUUCUAUUAUGGGUCACAAUAUUGUUGAACGUGAUCCAAUCGAGGGUCACGAAAGACUUUAUCGUGACUACUUUGCCAAUCCUCCAAAAUAUGGGGCUCGUCUUUUUCGAAGGAGGUUCAGAAUGAAGCAAGCUCUUUUCCUUCGAAUUCAUGAUGCUGUCAUUGCACACGAUAAUUAUUUUGUUCAAAGAAGGAAUGCUGCUGGGCGUCUUGGUUUGUCAUCACUUCAAAAGGUAACAGCCGCUUUUCGAAUGCUUGCUUAUGGUGUUACAGCCGAUUAUGUAGAUGAGUAUGUGCAGAUUGGUGAAAGCACCGCUAUAGAAAGUCUCAAAAGAUUCGUUGUAGCAGUUGUUGAAGUGUUCGGUGAUGAGUACUAG